GUGAAUGUGUGUGUGUGUGUGUGUGUGUAAACAAAGGCCAGAAUGGAGUAGACUGGUGUGCUGGGUGGCAUUUGUGUGAUACCUAUGAUUCCAGUUUUGUCAAGAACUGUACUCCAGAGAUCCUGCCUCGCCACACUCAGGAAGAUCCAUACAAACGUGUACCCAAUGGCUCACAGCAAGUUUGAGUAUGUGAAGUCCUUUGAAGAGGAAGGGCAGCUGGAUCCACAGCACUGGAUUAUAAUUCGACUUAGACUGAAAAAUGUUGAAGAACUUUAUGAUUUGCAUGAGUUAGAACAACCCAAUGACUGCAGUCUCACCAGCUUGUUGCAGGCAGCUGUGGAUGUUGUUAUGCAGGACUUCAAAGAGAUAGUCCUCUGUUACAGUUUUUCUCAAGAGUUUAAUUUUGUGUUUGCAAAGAAUACAACACUGUACAGGAGAAGAGGACCAAAGCUCUUAACCAAUGUGUGUAGCCUUUUGUCCUCUGCCUUUGUGCACAAAUGGCCAUAUUACAUUCAGUCUUCAGCACUAAUCUUUCCUCCAGUGAUAGAUGGUGCUGUUCACUUACUGCCAGAUGACCAGAGUUUAAGGGACUACAUGACCAAACAGCAAAAUGUCUGCCACCAUCAAAACUUGUAUAAAACAGCAUUUUGGGGACUUGUCACCAAAAGGGGAAUGUUGCCAGGAGAGGCCACAGAAACUUUGAAAGGAGCAAAUGAAGGAACAUUGAAUGAACUUUUGUUUACAAGAUGCAACACAAAUUAUAAUAAAGAAGAAGAUGUGUUUAAGAAGGGAAGUAUUGCUCUGCGUAAAAAGGUGCAGAAAACCGUCACUGCUCAGAAUGGCUCCAUCAUUCAGAGAUCUCAGAGCACUGUCACUGUGAUGCAUGCAGAUCUCACCAAAGACAGCUUCUGGAGUGAUGUUUUAGUGUUAGAUCAACCCACUGAGCUGAAUGCCAAAUUGAAUUAUUUGAAGCACUUUGAGAAGAAAGAAACAUUGUUACCUCACACAUGGAUGGUGGUGAGAAUUGAUGGGAAAGCAUUUCACAAUUUUUCAGAAAAGCAUUAUUUCAAAAAACCUAAUGACCUGAGAUCAAUUGAGCUGAUGAAUAAGGCAGCUUUUUCAGUAAUGAAGGAGUUUCCUGACAUCAUCUUUUCUUAUGGUCAAAGUGAUGAGUACUCAUUUGUUAUCCAUAGAUACUCAAAGAUGUGUGACCGCCAAGGAGGCAGAAUCAUCUCCAGCAUUGUCAGCUUGUUUGCUGGUGUUUAUGUGUAUCACUGGCAGAGCAUGUUUGAGGACGUCAAGCUGCACUAUUGUCCGGCCUUUGAUGCUCGGGUUGUGCUGUAUCCAAAUAAUUCUUGCUUGAGGGACUACAUCAGUUGGCGUCAGGCAGACUGUCACAUCAAUAACAUGUACAACACUUGUUUCUGGACCUUAGUACAACAGGGACAAUGUUCCAGACAGAAUGCUGAAGAAAUAUUGUGUGGAACAUUCUCUAAAGACAAGAGAUCUAUCCUCAUUAAUAGAUUUAACCAGAAUUAUGAUGAUGAAGAUGCCAUUUUCAGAAAGGGAACUGUCAUGUAUCAAAAAAUGGUUAGUGAAGAGUCAGGUAGGUCUCGUGGUGAGCUACCAGAGAAUAAUCAGGCAGAGGAAGGGUGCAGAGGUAUUGUUGUUGGCCAUUUUGAUGUUAUUAAGGAUGAAUUCUGGAGAGAGAGACCAUGGCUACUUGGAGAAGAGCGGAAUGCCACAACACUAGAUGACUUUGACUGAGUUGUUAUUGUUAUUGUUAAUGUUGCAAAGUUAUAAAGUAGAUGUACAUCAGUAAAUUUUUUAUACCACAUGGUUGAUUCUUUUUAUAUUAAAAACAUUAUUUGGCU